UUUGGCCCCUUAAUAUUUUUAAUUAUAUUUUUAUAAAAAUAAAUUAUUCAUUCGUCGUUUCUUCCUGAAUUUCUUCCCGUCUUCUCUCCUUCGCAAAAGCAAAUUCUAACUUCCUCAAUUUUUACUUAGUUUUUAUGUUUUUUGUCCCGUUUUUAGCUCUGUAAAUACUUUUAAUCGAUCCUAUUUGCUUAAAUCGAUUCGACUGUUAUGCUUCUGAUCUGUGUCUGCAGAUCUCUUUUUAUUUUUUUCCCCUUAAUUUUAUAAAAUUUUGUCUUUUUUGACGAAAAAAUAUACUGAAGAAAUCAUGAGGAAGAAGCUCGAUACUCGUUUCCCAGCUGCUCGGAUUAAAAAGAUCAUGCAAGCUGAUGAGGAUGUUGGGAAGAUAGCAAUGGCAGUUCCAGUUUUAGUUUCUAAGGCAUUGGAAUUGUUUCUGCAAGACCUUUGUGAUCGUACCUAUGACAUAACGCUUCAAAGAGGAGCCAAAACGAUGAGUUCGCUUCACCUAAAAAAUUGCAUUCAUAGCUUCAGCAUGUUUGAUUUUCUGAAGGAUGUCGUGAGCAAAGUUCCUGAUUAUGGUAAUUCUGAUGCUAAUGCAGAUGAUCGAACUGCUCCAAAGAGAAGAAAAUCUGCUGUUGACGAGUACCAUGACAGUGAUGAAGACUCGAAGAAAAGCAGGAUGCAAGAAAUAACCCAUGCCAGUAGCAGUGGUAGAGGAAGAGGGCGAGGCCGAGGGAGGGGUCGUGGACGGGGAAGACCGCCACUAGAAAGGGACCCACCCUCUCACCACGAAAUGGAAGCCGAACCAUCAACAUCUUUCGAACCCAUCAACAAGCCUAGCCCUAUCCAAGUACCCAACACAGACGAUGAUCCAAAUAAGCCAGAUCCUAUGAAGGAGAGUCCAGUUGUAGGCGAUGGCGGGGAUGCAGCAAUUCGGAAUUUCGAUUUAAAUGCUGCUGUGGCUGAAAACCAGGAUAUUGGACCCACAGUAACAACAGCAGAAAAUGCUGCUGUUGCAUCAGCUGAUCCAGCUCCUGAAAGUAAGAAUGAGGAGUUGGUCUCUGAAGUCGAUGGGAUGGCCAUCGAUCCACAUCAGAUAGCCCAAUUUAACUCGAGAAUAGAAGACGACGAGGACUACGAUGAAGAGUAGCUUGCAGAAGUCUGAAUGUAGGAGAGAGAAGGUAGGACAAAAGUAGAUGAAAGCGGAGACCUGUUCCAUUGGGGGAAAGAAAGAUACUAGAUUUCUUCAAUUUAUGGUUUCCGCCUGAUCUGUAUAAUUUAUUAUCUUUAGGUUUUUUUAAGUAGGAAGUAUGGCUUGCAUUGUUAUUGUCAUCUUUAAUUGCAGAAGUAUUUAACAUAGUUGGAUGUCACAAUGCGCAGUCUCAUCAUAUAACAUUUUCUUCCUUUUUAUCUAA